GAAAUUUAAAUGUCUGAGAUUCGCGCUUCAGGAUCGUGACGUGUGCGCUCGUCGUACAGUGGGCAUUAAGGAACUAAACAAAACUACACAUAUAGUCUGUCUAUAUAUUUAUUACACUGUUACGCACUCAGCAGAGAUGAAUUAGGAACUGAUUCAUAUUUUUGAUUAUGGGCGGAGCUAUAUGACAUCGCUGCACGUGUGUAAAGACUUCAGAGAAAGUGAAACUUAACAGGUGAACUGGAAGCUUCUUAAAAACAACAUUUCUCUUCAGAAACUCUGAAAUUAACGAUCAAAUCUGAUAUUCACUCAAAGUCAUGGCAUCCUCCAGUGGUCCAGCUCUAAAUGAGGAGCUCCAGUGCUCCAUCUGUCUGGAAGUGUUCACUGAUCCAGUCACCACUCCAUGUGGACACAACUUCUGCAGAUCCUGCCUGAGCACGAACACACAGACCUACUUCUGUCCGUUCUGUAAAGAAAGAUUCAGCAGAAGACCUGAUGUCAAGAUUAAUUCAACACUCAGAGAGGUUGCACAACACUUUAAGGAGAAGCUCAAUCUAGGAGAAUCUGAAGUGUUCUGUGACAUCUGCAAUAAAAGAAAGCAGAAAGCUGUGAAGUCCUGCCUGAUGUGUCAAAGCUCUUACUGUGAUGAUCAUCUGGAGCCUCAUCUCAGAGUCCCACGUCUAAUGAAUCACACAUUGAUCAACGCUGUGGAAAAUCUGGAGGAUUAUAUAUGCCAGAAACAUGAGAGACCUCUGGAGAUGUUCUGCAGAGAUGAUCAGACGUGUGUUUGUCUGUUCUGCACUGAAGGAGAACACAGGACUCACAACACUGUUCCUAUAGAGGAGGAGAGUCGAGAGAAGAAGGAUCAGCUGGUUCAGACACAGACUGAUGUUCAUCAGAUGAUCCAGGACAGAAUGAAGAAGAUUCAAGAGAUCAAACACUCAGUAGAGCUGAGAAAGAGAAACACAGAGAAAGAGAAAUCCUCCAGUGUUGAGAUCUUCACUGAUCUGAUCCGCUCCAUUGAGAGAUGUCAGUCUGAGCAGCUGAAGAUGAUGGAGGAACAGCAGAAAGAAGCAGAGAAACAGGCUGAAGAUCUCAUUAAAGAGCUGCAGCAGGAAAUCACUGAGCUGAAGAAGAGAAACACUGAGCUGGAGCAGAUCUCACACACUGAUGAUCAUCUCCACCUCAUACAGAUGUGCUCAUCCCUGUCCAGUCGUCCACACACCAAGAACUGGACUGAGAUCAGGAUUGACUCUGAUGUGAAUGUGAACUCUCUGAAAAGAGCUCUGACUCUACUGAGGAAAACUCUACAUGGGACACUAAAUGAAAAACUCAGUCAAACUGUGUUCACAGAGUUGAAGUCUGCGCAGAAGUUUGCAGUGGAUGUGACUCUGGAUCCUGAUACAGCUUAUCCAUAUCUCAUCCUGUCUGAUGAUGGAAAACAAGUCAGUCAUGGAAACAUUAAGCAGAACGUCCCAAAAACACCAAAGAGAUUUGAUAAGGGUCCUUGUGUUCUGGCAAAGCAGGGAUUCAGUUCAGGGAGAUUUUACUAUGAGGUGCAGGUGAAGGGAAAGACUCGGUGGGGUUUUGGAGUGAUUAAAGAAUCCAUUAACAGGAAGGGGGAGAUCAUAAUGACUCCUGGUAAUGGAUACUGGACUGUGAUUCUGAGGAAUGAGAAUCAAUAUAAAGCUGCUGAUGAUCCAUCUGUCUCUUUAUCUCUGAGAGUGAAACCUGAGAAGGUGGGAGUGUUUGUGGAUUAUGAGGAGGGUCUGGUCUCUUUUUAUGACGUGGACUCCAGCUCUCAUAUCUACUCUUUCACUGGUCAGACUUUCACUGAGAAACUCUAUCCAUUUUUUAGCCCAUGCCAUAAUAAACAAGGUAAAAACUCAAAGCCACUGAUCAUCACACCUGUCAACUGAAACAAACAAAAAACAUAAAAUCUGAAAAGAUUAAAUAUGGAUGUGAUGUUCUUAGAAUAUGUAAAUAAAAACCAAAGAAGAAUUUACACAAUCAAGUAGAUUUUACUUACAAAUAUAAAGAAAAUUUAAAUGCAAAUUUUAGUGCAAAAAGAAAUAUAUAUUCAGGCCUUUAGAAAAAAAUAGUCACUGACAAAACAUGAACUAUAAUGAAAUAUUUGUGAGUUAUAUGUACAUGUAAAUGGAAAAUUUGUUACACAUCUAUAUAUUUCUUUUGUCUUUCAUUAAUACUUUGCUUUUCAAAUUGAAUAUGAAAUUGUUUCUACAUGUUAUUUUGUAAAGAAAUCUCUGAAGCCAUUUUCUCUCUCCUCUCCAGCUGUUAACACUAAAUUACUUGUGAAAUAUUGUGAUUUUUGGUUUAUAUUGUAAUAUCUGAAUAAAGUCAAGA